AUGUAUACGGAAAUCGAAGAAAGUGACGAUGACUACGCCAAGGCUAAAUUGAAAGAAUCAGCAGACUUUUGUAGGAAAUUUUCUUUUUUCAAUGUAUCGGCAUCGUUUCUAGAUCUUAUCGGUACAAUGUCACAUCCAAUUUUAACGGGAACAAGAACACAUCCGUUUGGCGUCGCUUUACCGGGCACUGAUUACACGGCAUCACCAUACUAUGAACUGUAUUACAUACUACAGCUACAUACUCCGAUAACUCUUAGCGUCCUGUACAUGGUUUUUGUUAGUUUCUUUGUGACAUUUGCUUCGUUUGGCAAAACAUCCCUGAAUAUUUUACAACAUCGUUUGAAGCUAAUUUUUGAAAAUUACGAAGACGAUGCAAUACGUCUGGAAGCUUUAAAACAAUGUGCCAGAUAUUAUGAUCGGGUGGCAAGAUUCGUCAAAGUGUUCGAUGAAAUGGUAACAUACGUUAUUCUUGGUGAGUUUUUGCUAUUCGGUGCAAUUAUAUGCUCGCUGCUAUUCUGCAUAAAUAUAAUUGAUACAAUGGCCCAAUUCGUUUCUAUAAUAAUGUAUGUCGGUACCAUGUUAUAUGUUUUAUUUGCCUGUUACUACAGUGCCAAUGAAAUGCUUGAAGAGAGCAUGAAAGUCUCCGAAGCAGCAUAUUCUAUACCGUGGUAUGAGGGUACUACACAAUUUCGCAAAACUCUUCUAUUGUUCAUACAAAGAACCCAGAAGCCAUUGUGUCUAACUGUUGGUAAUGUCUAUCCAAUGACGUUGCUUAUCUUUCAGUCAUUGUUGAAUAUGUCCUACUCUUACUUUACCAUGUUGCGCGGUUUAAAUAUCCAAUAAAGAGUUGCACUUCGGCUGCAAGGCAAUGGACA